UAAGCUCCGCUGCAGCUGUAGAAGAAGUUCCGGUUCCGGAAGCAGCUGGAAUGGACUUUAAUGGUUAAUAACGUAAAUAAUUGACAGGAGUGAGCGGCGACAGAACAAUCUUUCAGACGUUUGCUGCAAGGUCUCACGCAGCUUUAGCGCUUCUGUCGUGGAUUCGCGGCGCUGUUAGCUUCUUGCCAACAGCCGGAGAAGACAGCCGGACGUCUGAACGCGCAAUGGACCGGAACCACUAGCACGGUGACGGUUCGGAAGGGGUACUGUCUAGAUGUCCAUGCCCGUGGUGCCGCUGCAGGUGGGAGAGAACCCGAGGAGAGUUCGUUCACCUGACCCGGUUCUGUAGCAGCAGCCAUGGCGGAGGCUGGAGCCCAUCUCACCUCGGCCGCUGUCGGUGAGCAGCCCUCCAUUUUUGAAGUUCUGGCCCAGGAGUCACUGAUGGAGGCAGUGAAACCAGCGCUGAGGCAUGCCGUCAGGGUUCUGGCUGAAUCCAACCCGUCUCACUUUGGCUUCCUGUGGAGAAGCUUUGAUGAACUGUACCUGCUGCUGGACCUGAUCCUCCAGAACCACUUCCUGCGUCACUGCAGCGCCUCCUUUUCGGAGAACUUCUAUGGUCUGAAGAGGGUUUCAGGCCAGCAGGCACCUCCAGCUCACCUAGGUCUGCUCAGGAGGUCCCGCUGGCUUUCUCUUCUUCUUCUGUGCCUGGCUCCGUACCUACGGGCCAAGCUGGAGGUGAGGCUGGCACGGCAGAGGGAUGAGGAGGACUUCUCCAUCAGGUUGGCUCAGACCCGGAAAGAGCGGCUGUAUCGAGCAGCAGUGGCAGCUUACCCAUAUGUCAGCUCAGCCUGGCAGGCCUGGAUCUUCUGCCAGCAGCUGCUGUUUGUGUUUGGGGUCACCAGGACUCACAGCCCCCUGAUGUGGUUUGCCAACGUCCGGCUGGCUCGCCUCAGUGCUCAGGAUAUUCGAGUCAUGGAGCAGAAAAUGAGCAGCAUCGGCCCCACAGCAGAUAAGAGCCUGUUGCAGCGAGCCUGGUGGCUGGUGUCUCAGACGGCGAAGGGGGUGGCCAUCUCUCUCUCCACUUCCCUCUCUUUGGGCGUUUUCUUCCUGCAGUUCCUGGACUGGUGGUACUCCUCAGAGAACCAGAUCUGUGUGAAAACCCUCACCACCCUGCCUGCCCCCCCUCCCCCCCUCCACCUGCAGGAGUCUGGUGGUGAGACGACUGGGCCAGAGGUCCAGAGCAGGAGCUGUCCUCUGUGUCAGAAGCUGCGCGUGAAUGCCACAGUGUUGUCCACCUCUGGUUUCGUCUUCUGUUACCGCUGCAUCUACUCGUAUGUGAAGGCCAACCGUGUCUGCCCCGUCUCGGGAUUCCCGACCGAACUUCAGCACCUGAUAAAGAUCUAUGCUCCAGAGAGCUAGCUGAGCCGAGCAGACGUCCAGUGGUGUGAACUCACAUGCGGGGACACAUCUAGUCAGAGGCCUCUGUAGAUAAAUGCUGAUUAGAUUCAGGCAGGAGAAUAUUUUUUUUUUCCAAAGCUACUGACUUUGUACAGUCUAAAAGAUUCAAACCUCGACUAAAAACUCAUUAAACAAAAAAGCAGCCCUGCAGAUUCAGGUUGCUCGGUCCAGUUAAAACAGGUGAGUGAGAGAAACACCCAGAUCGACCCUGGAACCACCUUCAGACCCACAGAUCGACCCUGUAGCCUCAGGUAUGGCCUCGGCCCUGCUGCAGGUCUCGGAUGAAGAGCGGCCGCUGCGAGUUGAACGGUUUAAACACUUAAACAAAGCAGCUGCUGCAAAGGCCUGUGAAUAGCUUUAUUGAGUUUCCAGACAAAUGAAACAAGUCCACUUAAAAAACAACAAACACAGAGUCGGUGUCACGUUACGGUGAGUGAUUAAAAAGGGCUUCGUUACAGUGUCCACAAAGCUGAACCAGACUGGUGAGUCGUUCUGCAGCACAAAGGUGACCGUUCUCAUUUGUCACGGUAAGAUUACUUAAUGAGUGUGUAUUGCACGUCUGCAGCUUAUGUACACGUGAGUCAGCUGACAUUAAUCGUCACAACAGUAAAGAAUCCAGAGGAAACGGCAAUACGUACACCAGGGGUCAGGAAUGUUCUCGUCAAGAAAAAGCUGGAACCCCCCCUUAAGAAUUGUAGUGAGGGGGGGCAGGCUCUGUGUGAGUGUGUGUGAUUUUUCUGCUUGGUGACCUCUAAACCCUAGAGACAUCUUCACAUCAUUUCUAUCAGGGGUCAGAGGUUAAAACGAUCUUCAGGAUUCCAUUUUCCUGGAGCAACUCUGAGCUGAAGCCACCUGAGAAGAAGUCUGGACCUCUGUGAGGUCAGAACCCCCUGAAGAAACGUUUAGACUCGGUCUAGAUCUGCUGAGGUUUCAUGAUUCUUGAGCCAAACAUUCGAGCUUACUGUGCCAGGAGGAACACUUCAUGAGGCUGCAGCUUCUGUUGCGGCCACAAGGUGGCACUAGGUUCCUGCUGUGGGACACAACAGCUGUGUCCUGUUCCCAUCUGACCCCUAUGUCCAUUGUAGGUUUGUCCAAACAGAUGGACAUAAACACCAGCUGAACCUGCAGCACUUGUCUGCUCUACCGAAUCUACCUCCACCACAGCUCUGCUCUUAAGAUAAACCCAGGAAGCAAACUCCUCCAUCGGUGAGUGGAAGUCAUAUCUGAGCUGUCUUUGGCCAGGUGAUCAGAAAUGAGCCUGAACAUCCCAGAGACAGCCACUCCCGACUGCAGCCAGCCCCUUCCUUCCCGCUCAGCACCAAAAUGCAGUCAAAGCUGCUAGGUGAUGCAGAUGCGUACAUUUUAGUAGCGCUUUGAUGUUGGAAAAUGUGGAGUACAACUCAGUUUGGCACAAAGAGUUAACCCGAAGAGUUCAGAGGAUCAAGCUGAGGUGGUUCAGGACUGAUGAAGACCACAUUCAGGCUCCAUCCUCUAAACCCCUUAUGGCCGUUGUCUUCUACACCGUUAUGUCUUUAGAAUCAGGGUUGGGGGUUCGGGACCUCUUAAUCCUGUUUCACACCGGGCGUGGGACGGAGGCAGUCCGGUUUCUGUACAUCUAGACGGACUUGUUCACACCGACUGUGAUUGGUGUUCUGAACGUUUCCAGAUAGCUGCUCCCAUCGAAUGAUUACAAAUGGCUUCUACGCCAACCUGUAAAAUAACCUGAACUAUCACAUCUGACCUGAUCCCAUACCAGAUCCGCCUCGCUGAAGCAU